CCCCUUCCAAGCAUAAUAAUUAACUGAUAAAUCAGCAACCUCAAGAAAAUGAAUACUUACUUUCUCGUCCUUUUAGGCAUAGAGUCUAUCUUAAGUUAUCAUCAUCUCCACAACCAUUUUCAAUGCAAGCAGCCAAUCCUUUAUCUUUUUGAGUAUUUAAGGGCUCCUCAAACUCUCUCUUUAUCUCCUAUACUCAAACUAACACAGGAACAAAGCAUGGCAGACUUUACAGGAUUAAUUGUCAGUUUAAUCUUCUUAAUAGUUUUUUGUGGUGUCCCAAUUAGCCAGGCCACUGAUUACACAGUGGGAGACACGUCUGGUUGGGCAAUCGGCGCUGAUUACAGUACUUGGACUACUGGCAAAACCUUUGUCGUUGGCGACAACCUCGUAUUCAACUACCCAAGUGGGCAUACAGUAGAUGAAGUAAGUGAAAAUGACUACAAAUCAUGCACUACUGGAAACUCGAUCACUACUGACAGUAGUGGCGCUACAACAAUUGCACUUAAGAAAGCCGGCAAGCAUUACUUCAUUUGUGGUGUACCUGGCCAUUGCAGUGGUGGAAUGAAACUUGCUGUCACCGUCGCAGCCGCAGCGGGAGGCGGAGCAACCACGACGACACCGUCGGGAACCACUACUUCUCCAACAUCCAGCACUACAGCUUCUCCGACAACUCCUAGGACUACAACGACACCAAAUGCAGGCACCAUGCCUCAGUCAUCUUCAGCUGCAACUCUAUCUACGGCUUUAGCUCUGUUUAUUAUAUCUUGGUGCUUAAUAUUAGAGUCAUUUCUUUGGUAAAUAAGCUUGGCAAGGCUCUAUACUUUGCCAUGCCAGGAUAGAG